AUGAAAAUUUGUAUGGAUAAUGAUAUUGAUGAACCUACUGAACGUUGUAAAAGAAAAAUUCCAUUACGUUUUGGAGGUGAUGAAAUUAAUCCAAAUCUUGUAACAGUUCAAGAUGAAUAUCGAAUUAAUUCAUUUUAUGCAGUGAUAAAUAAUAUAAUUAAAUCUAUCGAAGAAAGAUUUGAUGAAAAUUAUUUGUCUAUUGUAGUUUUAUAUGAAAAAUUAUUUUUGACGAAGGUAUUUUUAAGUGAAGAUGAAUUAAAGGAAAUUGCUCGAUUUUAUAAUAUAAGUUAUGAUGAUUUGAGAGCAGAGCAGUGA